UAGUUGCAGUUGGCCAUUGACGGUUGUGGCGUGAAGGUGCAAGCAAGUGUACUGCGUAGCCAACGUGGGUCGCAAUACUUCCUGCGGGAUUUGGUCGCGCGACGUCGACGCCGCUGCUUCGUCUGGUGCGCGCGAUGUAUCCGGCUUACAAGAGAAAAUCCAGACGCUCGGCGCCUGAGAUUAAGCUCGGGCGAAUGACUAUCUAGAAGCGAACAGAAGGAAUCUCCGACAAGCGACAAGCAAAACACGCAAAUGACGAUGAAUCGGUACAUAACGUUGAACCAGCUGGGCGACGGCACCUUUGGCUCGGUGGUGCUGGGCGAGCGCAUCGACACCGGCGAGAAGGUGGCCAUCAAAAGGAUGAAAAGGAAGUACUACUCGUGGGAAGAGGCGAUGAACCUGCGCGAGGUCAAGUCCCUCAAGAAGCUCAGCCACACCAAUGUCGUCAAGCUCAAGGAAGUCAUUCGCGAGAACGACGUGCUCUACUUUGUGUUCGAAUACAUGAAGGAGAACCUCUACCAACUGAUGAAGGAAAGGGACAAACUAUUUCCCGAGCCGGUGAUCAAGAACAUGGUGUACCAAGUAUUGCAAGGCUUGGCAUUCAUGCACAAGCACGGAUUCUUUCAUCGAGACAUGAAGCCAGAGAACUUGUUGUGCAUGGGCCCGGAGCUAAUCAAGAUCGCCGACUUCGGAUUGGCGAGAGAGAUUAGAUCGCGUCCCCCUUACACGGAUUACGUCUCUACCAGAUGGUACCGAGCGCCAGAAGUUCUCCUCCAUUCGACAAACUACAACAGCCCGAUCGACAUUUGGGCAGUGGGUUGCAUAAUGGCCGAAUUGUAUACGUUCAGGCCGUUGUUUCCUGGCAAAAGUGAGAUCGACGAGAUAUUCAAGAUCUGCUCGGUGAUCGGCACACCCGAUAAAGAAGACUGGCCCGAAGGUCACCAACUAGCCGCUGCUAUGAACUUUAGAUUUCCCAAUUUUACGAAAACGUCGCUCGGCAUAUUGAUACCGAAUGCUAGUCAGGACGCGGUGCUGCUUAUGGAAGAUAUGUUGCAGUGGAAUCCCAUGAAGAGGCCGACUGCUCAACAAGCUUUAAGGUAUCCGUACUUUCAAUCUCAGGGCGCGCGACUGAUCAACGCCAAGAAAAUCAGCGUCAGCUCGGGUCAACGCGAGCUCGUCAUGAACAAAGUCAACAUCCCGUCGCCGAUGGUUCAAGUGAACAACGUGUCGAUAUCCUACGCCAAUGGACACCAUCGCGAGCAAGCCUUCGAAGACGCCAAUUCAGCGAACCAACAGCAGAGAGCGCCACCAGUUGUGAAACCACUGCAGAAAGUUGAGAUUCAGCCUGUCAACAACGAGCAACCAGUUUUGCCACUGCUCAAUCAUAACGGUCGUAAGAGAGGGAACGGCAGUACUCUGCAAAAGUGGGACGAAGAUGAGUUUACUAAUAAUAUGUUAGGAAAUAUUCUCAAUCCCGAAGACAGCAAGAACCGUCUGCUACCCGAGCGCGUGUACAAGGAAAACCGAGUAAAUUGGAAUGGUAACUACUUGGUAAACCACAUAAGCGACAGCCAGUCCAACCGAAAAUCAGCCAAUGCCAAUUGGGCAUUACCGUCGUGGUACGGUCAAGUGCCGCACGUUAACCGACCGUGGAACAAUAACAGCUUCCCUGGAAUAAACAUGGCGAACCAUCGAUUGCUCAACGGAGUCAACGGCAGACGAGUGUCCGCGAAAGUGCCGGCGAGAUACGUGAUCGCGCAGUCGCCCAGCCAGCUACCGUCCAGCUCCCUGAAAAAAAUUUUCAGAACAAGCAGCGAGGCCAGAUCGCGUUCGGGUCUACCGUUGAACGGCAUAAGUAUCGCUGGAGCGGCAGCGCUGCCAGCGCCGAGCGGCGACAAGCUCGACGAGUUGGCCGACGCGUACUGGGCGACGAAGAACGGCAGAGAGCACGUCCCCGAAUUGACGGCGGCAGCGGCGAGCCACCAGCAGCGGCAGCACUUACUCGCGAGAAAUCGCUACGUCGCCGAGCAGAACGCAAGACAACCGUACCCCAGUGUUUACGGUACCCAACACAUCAAAGCGAACAACAAAACGCUGCUCAAUGGAUACUUGAACUCGAGAGCGAGCGGCAAUGUUCACGGGCGUACCGACUGGACGGCCAAGUAUCUGAAAUGAUUUCAGUCUCCAUGCCAGUAAGAUAAAACCGACUCGUAAAUAAAUGGGUGUACUUCGACUGUGAUAAACAAAGAAUGGCGCAUUCGCGAUACACGAAGAACUAUAGGCAAGAAUGAGGUGCUGGCAAUUUUAGCAAAUUGUACAUAUAUUUUUAUCUUUAUUUUACCAUUAUUUUACUUUUCAACGUUACGAGAAAAGCUGAAAAGAGCGCUCGAAUCAAAUGACGUAGAUUACAUCUGAAUUUUCAGCUUGUCAAAAUUUUACACGUAAUGUUGUCUAUGUUAGACAUAAGUAUAAUAAGUAUAAUUGUGGAUUAAAUAAUUAUAAUAAAUUAUGGAUUGUACGAUAUCGAGUACUAUUUAUUAUC